AAAGUACGAACAGCUAUCUAUCUCAUCUUGGGAAUGCGCGUGUCUGGUCUUAAAACUAAAAGCUACCUACUGGGUGUGAUCGGUCGGGGCUCCCGAAGGUCGCAUCAUGCCGAGGUAGCGGGAAACAACUUGCGGGAUAUGCAAGCUACUGUGGAGUGCCCGCCCCCGCGCAGGUUUCCUCGCAACGUGGGAGAAUGCCGGCCGGAGCCGAAAAUGCUAGCAGCCCAGUACCAUUGCGGGUCAGGGGUGGCUUCCUGCCCGAAUAUCUACUCAGAUACCUUGGGUACUUCCUGGUUAGGUAGUCUGUCUUAAUGUUGAGGUCAAAAAUAAAGACGAAGGAGGUAGAGUCAUGGGCAAGCCGAGCCUUAAACUGGACAUGGAUCUGUGCCUGGAUUACUUGAGAUCCGAUAAGAUAACGGUGGUGGGGGUGGGGAUCCCUUCCCAGAAUGUCCUCCAAACCACAUUCAAUAAUCACAACAAACCGACAUGAUGCAACGGAAAGGAGGAACUGGAGGAAGAAACACCUCUGGGCCGUGGGGUAGGCUCAAGCCGGUGACCGAGGAUCCUCUGGACGAGUUUGGACUUCCUAGCAAGGGGGACAAGAGGCUCCUCGUUUCUUCGACCCAGGAAAGGUACUAUGCCAAGAUCGUCGAGAAGUACAUGUCAUUCUGCACCGAGGCCGGCGACUCGACCUCCCUACUGAGGCGAUUCGCCUCCCUGCAACUGUCGGCGCAGGAGAAUGCCACCCGUCCGGCGACCUCGUCAGCAGCGCCCGCGCCCGGCCGCGCAGAGCUGUCGCACAUCCUCGGCGCUCUCCGCAAGCUGCGGGAAGGGAUCGUGGCCUCCAAGAGGGCGGACGGGUUUGCCAGCCAGGUAUACCUCUUCGCCAUCCGGCUGGGGGUGCUGUGCCAGACCCCCGAGGCCUACCACCCCGCCAUCCUGCACCUGCUCCGCGUCGUCCACCCGCGGCACAACCUAACGAGCAUCGAGCUCCAGGAGGCGGUUGGCUAUCUGGUCCUCGACGCCGCGUGCCGGAGGGGGGAUCUGGCGGAGGCGUACGAGAUGCGGAACCGGUACCGCCUGCGGGACGCCAAAGUGGACGGUGUGCUGCGCGCCCUGGUGCAGGAUAACUGGGUCGCGCUCUUCAGGGUCAAGAACGGUCUGGAUGGCCACAGGGCCCGGAUCGUCGAGUUCGCCGAGCCGGGCUUGAGGAGGCACCUGCUGAAGGCUUUCGGCCGGACGUAUCUGUCGGUGCCGCUCCAGUUUUUGGAGUCGUCGACUGGGCUGACUUGGAGCGAGCUCCAAGCGGAGUAUGCAGUGGGAUGGGAGCUCAACGAGACAAAGGUGGUCAUCAGGAAGAUUCAAAGCCGUUCAUGAGAGGUUGAUGGUCUCGGCGCAGAGUGUGGCGAUACCGGGUUACUUGGUGUUGGCGGAAAUGAAGCAUAGAUACCCUGCUUGAUCAAAAUCAUUAGAAAAUGAGUUCAUACCCCGUGCAUCUGGACUGAUCAACGGUCGAGAUGAUCAACAGUCUCUUUUCUUUCGGAUGUUUCACGUCGGCUGCCACGUCUUGCGCCUCUUGUAUCCCCAGGUGUCGAGGUCGACAACAAUAAGACUCAUCGGCUGCAGGAAACUACUUCUAGGUCACCAGCAUACAAUAAGACGUUGCGGACGGUUCAGGAGUCAUGAGGGUUCUAGGGAAACUGGAUAGUAACUCAGGGUAUUCUGUUUGGACGAGGAAGUCUAUGUAGUAUUGGGCGAGGA